CUGCUCUGGGUUGCGGCAGGAAUCGGGUCUUGAGCCUCCCGAGUCCCCGCAGGGCUGUGGCUGAGAAGGGGUGCCCCGCUCUGGCCCAGGUGUGGGCGCCACAGCACCGAGUGGGCAGGGGCCCAGGGGACAGCACAGCCCUGUUGCUCUUGGCCCCGCCCUCCACUCAGGCACAGCCUUACAGUCCCCAGAGCAACAUCCCUUAGCAACGGUCACACCAGACAGAGGACCCAGUGAGCGCCGGGCAGAGCAGGCAGGACUGCCGGACACACACAGGCCAGGUGAGCAGGCAACGGCCGGUCAGCUGGGGGUGGAGAGGCACCCAGCCCCUGGCCUGGCCCCAACCUGGCCCCCCCCCAGCCGCCCACAAAGCCCUGACCCAGCAUGGACACUGCAGACGCCAGUGUGGAGAAGCUCCGGGCACAGUUGGCCUGAGGGGCUGCAGGCGUCCAGGGCCUGGCCAGGUUUUUCCGCCGCCUGGACCGGGAUGGGAGCUGAUCCCUGGAUGCGGCGGAGCUCCGGCAGGGCCUGGCCAGGCGGGGGCUGGCCCUGGACGAGGCCGAGGCCCAUGUGUGCAGAUGCUGGGACCGUGACGGCAGCGGGACGCUGGACCUGGAGUUCUCGCGGGCGCUGCGGCCGCCCAUGUCCCAGGCCCGGGAGGCAGUCAUUGCCGCCGCCUUUGCCAAGCUGGACCGCAGUGGGGACGGCGUGGUGACCUUGGGUGAGCUCCGCGGGGUGUACAGUGGCCGCGACCACCCCAAGGCGCGCAGCGGGGAGCGGACAGAGGACGUGCUGCGCCACUUCCUGGCCAACUGUGACUCCUCGGAGAAGGCCGGGGGCCCCUCACAGCCUGUCUGCCGACAGGUCACACUGGCCGAGUUCCAGGACUACUACAGCGGCCUGAGCGCGUCCGUGGACACAGAGGAGUUCGUGGCCAUGAUGACCAGCGCCUGGCAGCUGUGA